AUGCCCUCUUCAGGGCCACUCCAGCCUAGAACUGAACUACACCAACCCGUCUUGCGCUUUGGUGAGCCAUCGCAUGGCAAUUGGUGCUCGCGGCUGCCAUCACCAUCACCCUUCAUUCACCCAUGCUCGACCCGCCCCAUCUCCUCGCUCACACCACACCCCUCGAUACCUCCGUCCGCUCGCCGCGCCGACAUGCCCGCCGCCCUCUCCGCCUGGGUGUGCCUCUCGCUCAACGUCACCGCCGCCUGCCACCUCCUGCUGCUCCCCCCGCGCGGCUCCCUUCCCCCCGCCGCGCAUUCCCGCGCGUUGAAUGCCGGCCAAUCAGACGCGGGCUAUGAAGGUGACCCGCGGGUUGACUUGAGUGGCGGGUUUUGCGCCGCGGGUCUGAGCGUCGCAGACGCUGUGCGAUGGCCGUGCUCGUCGCAGCAUCGUCGUCGUGCGACGGCCGCCGUGCAGUCGAGCGCGGGCGGAAUGGCGGAGCGUUGCGGCGGCGCGAUGGAUGGUGGCGGCGGUGUUGACCCACGGCCGUGCUUCCUUCUGUACCAUCCCCUCCCAUUCGCAUGCGCUGUGCAUCCCUUCUCGCCCUCUCGCCCUCUCGCCCACUCCGCCUCUCCGCCUCUCCGCCUCUCUGCCUCUCCGCCUCUCUGCCUCUCCGCCUUUCUGCCUCUCCGCCCCUCCGCCUCUCUGCCACUCCGCCUCUCUGCCACUCCGCCUCUCUGCCACUCCGCGAACCUACCCCAUCCCCACCAAUCCGUGCCUCUUCGCCCUCAACCCACCACGUGUCCCCAUUCACGCGCAUCCCCACUGUCACCUACCACCCUUUCUCGCCUUCCUUCCCUCGUCUUCCCUCACUCUUCCGUUUCCGACUCCCCCUUCGCCCCUCCACCCCCCAACAGCAGGCUACAGGGGGAGCUGGUUGCGCUGGGGGCAAGCUGGGGGGCAGCGGAAGGGGGGAGGCGGAAAGGGAAAGGUGGACGGGUGGGGAAGCAGAAGCAGAGGGUUGGCGGGGAGCAAGGAGGAAGGGGGAGCAGAGCGCAGGAGGAGCAAGGCGGGCGCGAGGAUGGGAGCAAGGCGGAUGGGGGGGUGGUGUGGGCGGAAGGGACGUGCGCCCAGCUGUUCCUCCUGGAAGGUGUGGUGUG